GUGCUGAAUUCCAAAGUGAACAACUUCAGUGCAUUGUGUUUACGUGACAAGAAGUCAACAUUUCAGAAGGCGAUUUUCAAGGAGUUUUCCUCAUUCUCUGGAGUUUUAAGGAGAAAUGGCGUUCGAGGGAAAGUACAACACUAAAAGUCCAGCGGUGAAGAGGCUGAUGAGAGAGGCUCAGGAGCUGCAUGAGGCUACUGAAGAGUACUGCGCAGCUCCCCUCGAGGAUAAUCUCUUCGAAUGGCAUUUCACGGUGAGAGGACCACCGUCUUCACCGUUCGAGGGGGGUGUCUAUCACGGUAGAAUUCUCCUGCCUCCUGAGUAUCCCAUGAAGCCGCCCAACAUCAUUCUACUGACGCCAAAUGGAAGAUUCGAGAUAAACAAAAAAAUCUGCUUAAGCAUAUCUGGCCACCACCCCGAGACGUGGCAGCCUUCUUGGAGUAUCAGAACAGCUCUACUCGCUCUGAUUGCAUUCAUGCCCACACCUGGCAAUGAUACGAUUGGAGCACUUGAUUACACCCCCGAGGAGAGACAAACACUUGCGAAAAAAUCUCAGAGUUGGCAGUGCGAGAGUUGUGGGAAGAUUGUUGACUUGUUAUCGAAGGACGGAAAGUCUAAACCGAUUACUCCAGAGGAGGGACACAUAUUGGGGUCGAUAACACUGAAGGCUGAGGAAGCGCCAACGACCACCACAACCCCGGCAACUCCCUCCCCAAGCGUAAACAUCAAUCAACUCUUGAGGCAGAGAUUAAUCGAGAGACAACGGGCCCACAGUAAUUUCGUACAGCGUACGUCAAACAGCAACUCCCUCUCCUCCUCGAACGAUCUAUUCUGGACCAUUCUAGUAGCCUCUCUGGUAUCAGCAAUAAUACUUCUGGUUCUACGAAGGCUCUUUCUGGUUUAGACCCUAGAUUUGCGUUCACUGGCUGUGAAGAUGCCGAAACCCCCCAGACAUUUACACAAUUGAAAUGAUCAAUUAUUCGGAGGAAUACAUUCAUAGUGACAUCAAGUCAUUUUAGACCCUGGAAUUUCAUUGAUUAUGAUAGAAAACAAUUAUGAAGUUGGGAAAAGAGAUGAAAGGAAAUAACGUCUUCUGUAUUUCGUGAAUAUCUCUGAAAUUUUUUGGUUUAGGGGAAAAUAUCAUAAGACACUUUUUGUAGAGGAGGAAAUUAUGUAUGAAAAAGUCUUGUGAUAUUUUUUUCUAAACCCAACCGUUUCGGAGAUAUUUGCAAAAUAAAGGAGACGUAAUUUUCAGAUUAAGUUUCGAGUUAAAUACGUGAAGAGUCUAAAUGAUCUGAAAGCAGAUUAUUUCCUCAAUCUAAAUGAUCAAUUGUUUGAAGGAAUAUAUUCAUAGUGACUUGAUCGUGUCCAUCAAGACCUUUUAAACCCUGGAAUUUCAUUGAUCAUGAUAGAAAACAAUUAUGAAGUUUGAAAAGAGAUGAAAGGAAAUAACGUCUUCUUUAUUUCGUGAAUAUCUCUGAAAUUCUGGGGUUUAGGGGAAAAUGUCAUAAGACACUUUUUGUAGAGAAGGAAAUUCUCUAUAAAAAAGUCUUGUGACAUUUUUUUCUAAACCCAACAGUUUCGGAGAUAUUUACGAAAUAAAGGAGACGUAAUUUUCAGAUUAAGAUUCGAGUUAAAUAAUUAAAGGAUCGAAAUGAUCUGGAAGCAACUGACUUUAGAAUUUAUUGAUAUGAUAUUUAUAUACACUAGAGUAACGCUUCCCAGUUGAUUUCCUCCUCAGUAUCAUGACCCUGCAUCGUUAUAACUAUCAAUUACAUCAUCAGUUCCACGAGCGACCAAAAAUAUUAUUUAUCGUUGUACAAUUACCAACUAUUCAAUUUCAAUAAUUUCUGGUUUAUCUUUUCUCUUUCUAAGAUUGUACAUAACGUUUAGCUUUCUUACGACGUAGCCAAUAAAAAUCAUGUAGAUCAAUCAACAAAUCGAUGAAAAAAAAAUCAUUAUUACUUAUUUUAAUAAUCAAUUUUUAUUAAAAUCAGUACUUCAACAUUUUUUAAAUAUUAAACUGGGUCGACAGUUUGGUCCCAGUCCCCUAUAGUCGAAUCAUAAAUUCAUUGGGUGUCGUAUUGACUUUGUAACAGUUGAAAUUUAGAAUUUAUCACUGUUCAAGGAGAUUCAAGUUUUGUGGAUCAAACGCAAUUUCUGAUGAUUUAUAGGCCUGAAAGACUAAAUGAGAUUAAAAAUAAAAAAUGGAUUUUUAGUAAAAAAAAUGAUAAAUAAUCUUGAAAAUAUCUUUCAACUACUGCAUUUAUAGAAAAAACAGAAUAAAUUUGUAUGGAGAACAUUAAAUUCAGAAAAUAAAGAAUCCCUUCCACUUGAAUCUCCCUCAAUCAAUUAUUCAAGGCUUGUAAUAAUAAAAUACCAUGUCACUGUUAAAUUGCUUUUAAAAUAUCGAAGAUAGCCAAUAUAUUUGUUUCAACAGUGCUGUAAACAUUUUCUCAAUCUCUCCUCAAUAAUAAUUCAAAACAAA